AGUUUUAUAUCGGAACUUUAUAUCAUUUACAUUAUAAAAAUCAUGGAGACACCUAUAGUUAAGCUGUCAGACGAAGAGCUCAAAACAGUGUAUGAGCCUUCUGAAGAUUCGUAUCUUCUCAUAGAUGCUUUAGAAGCAGAUCUAAAAGUUCUAGAAGCGAUGAAGCCUGUGAUUUGUUUAGAGAUAGGUAGUGGUUCUGGUGUGGUUAUCACAGCUUUAGCGAUGGCAUUGAAGAGACAUCAUAGUGCUCAGUUUAUUGCAGUUGAUAUAAAUCCUGAUGCAUGUAGGGCCACCAGGAGAACUAGUCUGGACAAUUCUGUUAUUGUAAAUGUCCUUCAAAUGAAUCUGUUAGAUUGUAUACAGAUUAGAGGGCAGGUCGAUGUUAUUUUAUUUAAUCCUCCAUAUGUAGCUACCGAAUAUGAGGAAGUGUUGGAUGACAGACUUGUGUUUAAAACUUGGGCAGGUGGUAAACAUGGUAGGCAAGUUAUGGAACAGGUAUUCAGCACGAUUCCUGAGAUCUUGUCAGAUUCUGGGUUAUUUUACUUGGUUGUAAUUAAAGAGAACGAUCCUGAAUAUAUUCUAAGUGCGUUUCAAAAGUUGAACAUGUCUGGUAGUAUCGUUUGCGAGAGGAAAGUUAGGGGAGAGCAUUUGUAUGUUUUACGUUUUUGUAAAACCAAAGUGAAUGAGAUAAGUUAACGUUGCAUUUUCGUUGUGUCAUCUAUUGCAUUUUUAACUCUCGAUUUCCAUUAAUGAUGAACUGUAAAUAGGAGGUAUCACAUUCAUUUGAGUCAUAUUGUAGAUAACUGUAACAUCAGUUAGAUCACUUUAUCGUCGUUUACGAGCGAUUGUUAUGUACUUUAAUUAAUUACAGUUAAUACAAUUAUAAUAUAAUUCCUUAUUCGGUAUAUUUUCGGUUUUACUCUCAUAUCUUUAUAAGUUACAGCAGGUAACAGGUGAGAAAUAGCGAUUGUUUGCUCGCACAAAAGGGGACGAUCGAGAUGAGACAGCCUUUAGUUUCUUUUUUACAAAUAUCAUAAUUUAUUUUAACGCUCUUAAGAACUACAUUGCUGGGAUCGAAGUAUAUAAUAAAUACCAUGUAUAUCGCGGUAUUCAAUAUUAUGCGGAAUGAGCACUAUAUCGUCGUCCACAAGGACUGUACGAAUAGUUUGUUAGAUAUAUUCGUAUAUUGAUAUGUAAAAUAUGGCUGCACCCCUGUUCUGCUGACGAAAUGGAACGAAUUUACUAAGUUCGGACAACGUUAACGCGCUGUAUAAGAUUUACUUAUAGAGAUAUGUAGAAGCAACGAGUUCAAUAAAAUUAUCGACACAUUA